GGCGGCAAUACGCUGAUUGGACGAGAUGGCUUUGAUGUGGACUGAGAUGGCUAUGUCAUCUUUGAGGUGUAAGAACCUAUUCGACACCCCAAGAGUGUUACCCCUUGAUCACUUAGAACAUCAAAAGAGCCAGUAAAGCAGAGCAACGAAGAACGGCAGCCAUGGGCAAGAUUGCAAAGAUUGAAUAUUUUCGUGUCCCACCACGUUGGCUAUUCGUUAAGAUCACGGAUGCAGAUGGGAAUUUUGGUUGGGGUGAAGCAUCACUGGAAGGCCACACGCAAGCAGUCGAAGGGUGCUUGGACGCUUGGGCUGAGCGAUAUGUUGGCUUUGAAGCAGAUGAGAUUGAACACAUAUGGCAGAUGUGCUGGCGAACUAGUUUCUACCGUGGCGGACCAGUUUUCAUGAGCGCACUAGCUGGCAUUGACAUCGCACUGUGGGAUCUGAAAGCGAGAAAGCUCAACGUGCCAAUUUAUCAGAUAUUGGGCGGGAAGGUGCGUGACAGACUCAAGGUAUAUGCCUGGAUUGGCGGAGAUAGACCAAACGAUGUCAAGGAGCAAGCUCUAUCACGCAAAGCUCAAGGAUUCCGCGCUGUAAAGAUGAACGCAACGGAAGAUAUAGGCUGGCUCGACUCGCCUUCAACCCUACAAUCGGCUGUCGAUCGUCUCAAAACAGUUAAAGAGCUAGGCAUGGACGCCGGCAUGGACUUUCACGGCCGCAUCCACAAACCCAUGGCCAAGCAACUCGCCCGCGCCCUGGAACCACACCACCCACUUUUCAUCGAAGAACCUCUACUCUCUGAACACAUCGGCGGCAUCAAGUCUUUGCACGAGCUAACCUCCAUUCCCAUCGCAUUGGGAGAACGUCUCCACUCACGCUGGGAUGUACGGCCCUUCUUAGAAGCCGGCUGCGUUGACAUCCUGCAACCUGACAUCUCACACAUCGGCGGUAUUUCGGAAAUGCGACGUAUAGCAUCCGCAGCCGAGACUUACGACGUCGCCAUCGCACCACACUGCCCGCUGGGUCCUAUUGCACUUGCUGCAUGUGUUCAAGUAGAUUGCACGCUGCCUAAUUUCGCGAUUCAAGAAAUGAGUUUGGGGAUUCAUUACAAUGCUGGGAGUCAGGACCUCACAUCUUACACAAAGAAUCCGGAGGUCUGGGAUGUGAAGGAUGGGUAUAUUGAGCUGAUGAAGGGACCAGGCCUGGGAAUUGAGGUUGAUGAGGAGAUGAUUAGACGGGAGAGUAAGGACGCGAAGGCUUGGAUCAGUCCAGGGUUCAUUGGGCCGGGAGGCGAGAUCAGAGAGUGGUAGGGCGUGGGUAUUCUCAAGACAUUCAUGGAUGGUAAGCAGAAGUGACACAGCAUGGCUUGGAGAAAUUCGAAUCAUCUCCACGUAGUCUCCGAAAUGGUCGUGUACGCUGUAUAUCUCCUAGGUAUAUCACGUGUUAUCUACUACAUGAUGUGUUCCAAGAUGAAGGAGAUCACAAUAGUCAGC